UCUUGUUGAGUUGGCCAUAUUGGAAUUUGAAGCUCCGGUAGCGCUCAGAUUUUAUCUGGAAAAAGCAAAAAUAUUCACUUCAAUCUCGACCGUACAACACGAGUAAAACCCUGACAUCCCAGCUGAAGCCACGCCUUUUGGGGACGGACAGCUGUCUGUGUCAUUUGUGCGGAAAAACCAUAAUCAUGAGCCCUACCGAUGCGAAGCGGGGAGCCAAGCGGAGGAAGAAUAAGCGGGGCGCCGGCGGAGGCAGCAGCAGCAGCGCUAGCAGCACCGCAGGAAAGGCAGGGGCUCAGAGUGCGGCUCGGGCCACUGCAGUCGCGGCGACUCCCUCCUCCAGCACGGGCUUUCUGACCACUGGGAACGUAGACUCCAGCCUGAACGGAGAGGUUCCGAUGAAUGGUACGCCACAGUUUUCUGAAGGGCCAGUGAACUCUGACUUUUCCGGAGUCCUUCAGACCCCAUUCACCUUCGGCCUGAACCAGAAGGCCCCCUACACCACGGGCGAUCGCUGUCUGCUGUGUCGCAGUGAGCGUAAGGACAGCGCUUUGCAGGAAUCCAGCCAGAAUGGCUUAGGCCAGUCCCCCAAAGCCUCCAGCGCCCUUCAAUUACCCCUCUACGUCUGCCCCGACUGCAAACGCACUGUGGAGAAGGACAACCGCCAACCCCCCUCGGACCAGUCCUCGUUGAAUCAGGACUUUUUGUUACACAUGCCGGUGGGUAAUGGCGGUUUAACCCAGGAGGCAGCAGCAAGCGGGAGGCUCGGUACGCCAAUCUCCACGGACACAGUGUGCAGCUGCGAGGCCUGCAAUGAGAGGAGGGAGAUCACAGCAGAAUCAGAGCGUGAGUCCCAACAGCUGCAGAAUCACUGGUCAGAGGUGCGGUACCUCGUCCGCUGCAUCUACCGUCAGACAGGCACUCCACUGGCUGACGAUCAGGAUCAGCCGCUGGACAGAGACAAGGAGAGCAUGAAGGAGCUAGUGGACAGACUCUGUGAGAAGGAUCCAUACCAGCUCUAUCAGCGGCUAGAGCAGCAGGCGCGAGAGUAUGUUCUAGAAACAAAGGUCCGGCUGCUCAAACACCUAUCGGCUGGCUCCGAGGCUGCGGGGGCCACUCAGGGCCCACCGCAGGCCCACCAGUUCAUCUCUCUUCUUCUGGAGGAGUACAGUGCCCUCUGCCAAGCAGCAAGAACCAUCAGCAGCUUCCUGCUCACUCUGGAGAACGAGCAUCUGAAGAAGUUUCAAGUAACAUGGGAGCUUCACAAUAAGCAUCUGUUUGAAAGCCUGGUGUUUUCUGAACCCAUCCUGCACAGCAGCCUGCCCGCUCUCGUCGCCCAGCUCAAGCAGGGCACAGCAUCUCAUGACUCAUACAGUGAGGACAUGUACAGAGCCUUGCUGGACAGUUUGCAUGGGCUGGAGCAAGAAAUGAAGGCCGUGGCAGUAGAAUGGAUGGAGUGUGAGAAGAGGAUAGACGAUUACGUAGAUGAGCAGUUGCUUUUCAAGGUAGAAGGGCAAAACCUCACAAAUCAACGAACUGAACCACAUAAGUCUUUAAUAAGUAAAAAUAUGUCUCUAAGAACCAAGCAGCGCAUGCUUAAAGAAGAUGGAGAGAUCUUCAAACAGAGAAGAUUUUUUGAGGAACAGUUCCUGCAGAACAGUAAGAAGUCUAUGGCAGGGGACAGCACCUUCACAGACACCGUAAAACAGAUGCUGUCCUCCAGGCUUAGCAUACCAGACUGUCCCAACUGCAACUACAGGCGAAGAUGCACGUGUGACGACUGCAGCCUCUCACAUAUUCUCACAUGUGGCAUCAUGGAUGCCCCUGUUGGUGAGGAGCUGCAUCUGAAGCUGCCACUGCAGGCAGAGCCUCCUCGGGAUUAUCUGGCUGAAGUGCAUCCUCCCAGCAUGUCCUCUGGAAGCUGUGGAUCCGGAUCAGGAUCUGGGUCAGGUUCAGCAUCCAGCUCCCCAAUCACCAUCCAGCAGCACCCCUGCCUUCUCCUGCCCCAGGAUGGAGCCCCCACAUUCGGUAGUGAUGAUGACGACGACGAUGAAGUGCCUCCACUCUCAGCCAUCUACCCCCUGAGCAGGUAUGAGGACGCAGGAGUUGUGGCCAGUAUGAACGGCAUCCACAAUCAGCUGAACGGAGGGGGGGAGAACAUGGCUCUCAAGGACGAGUCUCCUCGGGUUAGCAGCAGUAGUUCCUCAGAGGGCGAUGAGGAGGAGGCGGAGGGUGAGAGUAACAGUCAGCCACCGGGCCAGCAGGGGGAGCUCUCUCGAGGAAAAAGUGACAGUCCUCCUCCAUCAUACCCACUCACACAGGUAGAGCAGGUGCAGCAUCCAUGUGAGUGUCAUGUGUGUAACCAGGGCAGUGGGGAUGGUAGUGCUGGUGGACUGGGGACACCUGCACUUCCCGCCGGCCGUCUGCACACAGGGACUCACCAGUUCUUUACAGAGAAGACUGCAGCCCACCCAGCACUACACCUCUAUCCCCACAUACACGGUCACCUGCCCCUGCACAAUCUGUCCCACCUGCCCCGGCCCUUGCUGCCCACACUGUACUCCAGCCCUUCCCUCACUCACAACAAGACUCUUCCGCCGGCCCCAACGUCAAACCAUGCAGGUGGGAAGCAGCAGCAGCAGCAGGUGUUCAGCCCCGCUUUGCCAGAGCACGUGUACCAGAGUUGUUUUGGUGGAACUGGAGAUUGGAAUGGCUCCUUACCUUGCCCUUCACUUAAAUUCGAGAACCUGUGGGACACUCACAUGAUGAAAAACUGGAACCCCAGUGUGCUGCUGCAGGAGCCACUUCCUGGUGAUAUGCUUGGUCCGCCUCUUCCUGACGUGCCCCUGCUGUCCUCAGGCUUGGAUCCCACCUCUUCCGCUGCAAGCGCCUCCUCUUUCCCUGCUCCUGAUGGCAAGGAGAAGAAGAACAGCGCUAAGAAGAAGUGUCUAUUCAACUACCAAGAUGCCUUCAUGGAAGCCAGCGAAGUCGUGAUGGUCACUUCCUCAGCCAUCUCCUCAGUCUCCAGUACCGCCACCACUGUCCAGUCAAGUAAUAAUCACAUCCACGUUUCAUCUAAAAGACCCACAUCGCUAGGUGAAGUAUUUCACAAUAUAGUUAAAGAGGACCAUAUACAACCCAGUCCUGUCCCUGCCCCUAGGAAUAGCCCCACUGGCCUGGCUUCUUUGCCCCCUCUAAAUGGUCCCACUCAUCCCCCUGCCCCCAACACACACCUGCCUAGUAUGGGUACUCAGCCCUUCCCAAAGACUGUAACUCCAGCCCCAGGCUUCAUGGAGGCCCAUCAGGGUCUGUGCCUGUCCACUGGGGAGCAGCCCCCUGUUCCAGCUGAAGGUCUGGUCAGUGGACCCAACAGUGUGUGCAGUGAUCCAGACUGUGAGGGCCAUCGCUGUGAAGGAGGCGGGUCCUAUGAGCACCAGGCAUAUGAAGGUGAGGAGAGUCCGGAUGAGGACAGCUGCUCUGAACAUAGCUCCUCCACCUCCACGUCCACCAAUCAGAAGGAAGGAAAAUACUGUGACUGCUGCUACUGUGAAUUCUUCGGCCAUGGAGGGCCACCUGCAGCUCCUACCAGCAGGAACUAUGCAGAGAUGCGGGAGAAGCUUCGGCUGCGGCUCACCAAAAGGAAGGAAGAGCAGCAGCCAAAAAAGGAGGAGCUGGUCCUGGAGCGGGAUGGGGUGCAGGACCACCGCAAGGUGGAGGACUUACUUCAGUUCAUCAACAGCGCCGACAGCAAGCCAGCUAGCAGCGCCAAAGCCGCCAAACGGGCCCGUCACAAACAGAAAAAGCUGGAGGAGAAAGCUCGUCUGGAGGCGGAGGCGCGGGAGAGGGAGCUGCAGCAGCAGCUGCUGGAAGAGCAGAGGAGACGGCAGGAGGAAGAAGAGGAGGCACUGAAGCAGGAGCUACUGCGGCUGAAAGAGAUGCGGCAGCUCCGCUCUACCAAGAAAAAGAAGAAGGAAAGCAAGUCCAAAGAAGCUGCAGCCACAGUGGUUGCAAAGCCUGAAACAACUUCCCCUGCGCCAGCCCCCACUAACAACCCCCAGCCUUUGCGCCAGACCGCACAGAACGUUCUGGAGAACAUGCAGAACGGCAAGACGCAGCUGCUGCACGGCCUCAUCCACCUCGCCCCUAGGGAGCCCCGUCUGGAACCUGAAGUGCCAAGUUCAGCCAAGAACAGCCAAUCGCUACAGCAAAGCCCAAAGAGCAGCAAAGAGAAGCCCACUGACCCUCCGGCUCUUCAAAACGGCAUGGUGGUUCACCCAGAACCCAACAACAAGGCCAAAUCCAAACAGCAGCUCAACAACACUUCCAGAACCAUUGGAGAGGCCAGCAAGAAGCACACUGAGGCCCCACGAGCACCAGAGGCUGUACUUAAAGCAGUCAGCACGAAUGGAGCUCACACAGAAACCAGGGCCAAGCCCAGGACUUCUGAGGAGCAGCACACUGAAGCUAAGAAGGAGGAAAGGAGCAAUGGGAAGAAACAGCAGAACGGAGCAAAAGAGGAGAGAGAUUCCCCCUUAAUCGAGCCUCUGGCUGAGGAGGCGUCUCAGCAGAAUGGAAAAGCUGCACCAACUGAGUCCCCUCAACCCAAAGGCAAGGCCAGGAAGAACAAGAAAAAGAAAGCAGACAAGAUUAUUAGUUCUUUAGAUGACGUGUUCCUGCCCAAAGACAUUGAUCUGGACAGUGUUGAUAUGGAUGAGACCGAGCGCGAGGUGGAAUAUUUCAAAAGGUUCUGCUUGGACUCUGCCCGACAGACAAGGCAGAGGCUGUCCAUCAACUGGUCCAACUUUAGUUUGAAAAAUGCCACAUUUGCUGCCCACUAAAAAGCGGGCUUCCCUUGAAUAGACUGGCAGGAAUCAAUCAGCAAUCCCCCCACCCCCCACCCCACCCCUUCCUAUCUCACCAGGCUGACUGCUGACCCAGUGCUGCUAUGCUCCAGCUGCUCCCUUGGCCUCCAUUACCCAUGCUGCCUUGCCUCGUCCUUGUUGCUGUGUGGUUCCUAUAGAGAACCCAAACUCGGCUUAUUUUCUUGCAGUACUUAGGGAGGAAAAAAGAACAACAAAGACAGGAAAAACAAUGCAAAUUGUUCUUCAGCAGUUUUUGUUACCCUUUUAUUCUCCUUUUAAAAAAAUGGCGUGUGUGCUUUUUUUGUCUGCAAGUUGGGCAUUUCUCUUUGGCCUAUGCCAUACACUGGGUUUCCUCUGGCCUUCCCAGUUGUCAAAAAGAUUAAUAUAUAUGUUUGGAAGAAGGCCUUGCGAAACAGACAAACAGGAAAAAAAAAGAUGAAAUUGUUCACAAGUGGAAAAAAAGCCUUUUAUUUCCAGUAAUUGUGGCUUCGAACACUCUUGCUCCUAGCAUUGCACUUCAUUACAGUUAGUUGAGAAGGGAACGGGACUAGUCUGCUUCAGCUCCCUCCCACAGGCCACUUGGCCCACACCGGGAAGAUGGCUAAUACUUGACCGAUUGUUCUCGUUGGGUUUUUCAGUUCCAUUUAACAACUGUUCAGUAAAGUGUUAAAGUUACAGUUUUGUUUUUUCUUUCCUUGUUUUUUUUUUUUUUUUCUUUUUUUUUCAACUUGUAGCCAGCUUAUAUGAGAUCCUUUCAGAAUCAAAUUGAAAGAAAAGAACAAUACUCACACUAUCAAUCUGUUAUAGAGUGUAUAUUGUAUUAACACUGAAGCCUGACUGGCUACUUUUUAACAUAUUGUUAAGUAAUAUUAAAAUCUUGUCUUUCUUUUUUGAAAGAUGGAAAUACAGUAGAAUGGCAGGA